CAACUAUAUAUCGUCACAGUUCUUAUCUUCAAUCUCUCUUUAUCAACUAUGUUGCAACCCUUCACCUUUCUUCUUAGGAAGGCCAAAUCCAUGUUGAAGCAACCAAGAAUCAUGAUGAGUGCAUGCUGUAAAGAAAAGCUACCCAAGAGAAAAUUUUCUUGCAUGUCAACAACCUCUUCUUUCCUUCACAUGGAGCUUUCCUCUCAGUUUCAUCAAGUUUUCAAGCUGAUUGACUCUAAUGGGGAUGGGAAGAUCUCAACCGCUGAGCUGAGUGAAGUGCUUGCAUGCCUUGGAUACAACAAGUGCAGUGCUGCAAAGGAAGCCGAAGGCAUGGUGAGAGUGUUGGACUUCAAUGGAGAUGGGUUUGUGGACUUGGAUGAGUUCAUGGUUGUUGUCAUGAAUGGCAUGGAGAAAGAAAAGGAAGAAGAAGAAGAAGAAGAAGAAAAGAUUGAUGAUUAUCUGAUGGAUGCUUUUCUUGUCUUUGAUACUGACAAGAAUGGUCUCAUCUCAGCGAAGGAACUGCACAGAGUUCUCUUCAAUCUAGGGUCUGAAAACUGCAGUCUCAAAGACUGCAAACGUAUGAUCAAAGGUGUUGAUAAGAAUGGAGAUGGCUUUGUAGAAUUCCAAGAAUUUCGAUGCAUGAUGCGAAGUUAGAGUUUCAAGUGUUUUUCUGUUUCUCUUUGUUCUGUAUUUCACUGUUGUUUCAUCUUUUCUUUUUCUCAGUUCACAAACAUGUCUCAACUAAUGUAAUUACCAUCAUGU